AUGGGGACUCCAUGCAUCUCGUACGCUCCGCAACCCUCUCCUUCCCGACACGUCAGAAACAAGGAUGCCGAGGCGGUUCAGAUCUUGAAUGCACCGUUGAUGAUUUUGUUUGAUAGGGGGACUUUGGAUGGUGGUCUUGAUAUUCCGCACAGUGACAAGAGAUUUGUUGGCUUUAAGAAGAAUGAGAAGUAG